AUGGGCUGUUUCCCAACACUGACUCUCCUCUUCUUUGGAUUUAGUCUCUGCUCCUGCUCAAAGUUCCCUCCUCGUGAGUACUACUACGUUGACAAAACAAUGAGCUGGAACGAUGCUCAACAAUACUGCAGAGAGAAGUACACUGACCUGGCCACCAUUGAAAGCAUGGAUGAUAUAAGCAGGCUAAGUUCAUCUUUUUCCUACGACUGGGCAUGGAUUGGACUGCAGGAUGACCCUAAAUCCUGGAAGAAUACGUUAGGCAAUGACACCAACUCUUGGAGAUGGGCAAUAACUGGUGAAAUGAGCAAAAUUGAUUACCACAACUGGGACUCUACCGAACCCGAUUAUUAUCGCGCAAAAGAAACUUGUGUGAUAAUGGGUCUUGGAGGAAAGUGGUACGAUAAAAACUGUGGUGAAAUCAAAACUUUUGCUUGCUACAAUGUUACAGAGCAAAACAAGAAAAACUACAUGUACAUCUCUACUACAAAAAAUUGGACCUCUGCUCGAGAACACUGCAUAAAACUAAGCAUGAACUUGGCAGUGAUCGAAAACAGUGAGGAGAACGCUGAGGUCAGUUCAUUAAAACCAAACAGUGAUGACAUUUGGAUCGGUCUGUACCGAGUGCCAUGGACCUGGUCUGACAUGAGUCAGAGCUCCUUUAAAAGCUGGCGAAGUUCCAGCCCAAAUAACCCUCCGGGUAACCAGCAUUGUGUGGUGGAGAAUAACGUCCACGUGUGGGAUGACGACAUAUGUACAAUAAAAUAUGUUUUCAUUUGCCAUCAAGUUGCAAAGUUGAGGACGGCAGUGAAGCUGAAGUUUGUGACUGAUGUUGACUUAAGUGACUCUGCAACUAAUGCCCAGAUCCUCCAGCAGCUAAGAGCCAAACUAGCAAGUCAAGGAUUGACUGAUUUCAAGCUGCAAUGGAACAUUCAACCCAAGAAACAAGAGAACAAGGAGAAUAGUGAAACUUAGAGAGACUUGGGGUGCUUUGGAUCAUUGCUCAGCCU